AUGUCCGUCUUCACCAUCCCCUUUGCCGCCAACCCCGACUUUGCGCUCGCCGCGCUUGCUGCGCUCCAGAACGCCGAGAUCGUCUGGGACGUUACCUCGGGUGACGCUGGUGAGCCGUCGUUUGACGGUGUCAAGGGUGCCGACGCCGUCCGCGCCAAGCUCGACGAGAAGGCUCCCGCCGGCCCCGCCCUCCCCACCCUCCCUGCCAAGUUCGACUCCAAGACCCCCUUCCAGGACGUCUCGGCCGUUCUUGACGUCCUUGACGACUUCCUCGCCUACCGCACCUACUUUGCCGGUGCCACCUUUGGCUGGAACGACGCCAUUAUCUGGGGUACCAUCCGCUCCAACGCGUCUGCUUCUGGCUCGGUCCGCAAGCCCGGCCGCCCCCACAUUCUCCGCUGGUACACCCAGGUCGAGACCACCCCCAUUGCCAAGGGUCUCCUCGAGUCAUGGGUCAAGGCCCGCUCGAACGCCGACAAGAGCAGGAAGGUCAAGCGCGAGGAGGGCCACAUCGAGGCCGAGCUUAAGAACGCCGUUCCCGGCAAGGUUGUUGUCCGCUUUGCCCCCGAGCCCAGUGGAUACCUCCACAUUGGCCACAUGAAGGCUGCCAUUCUCAACCGCUACUUUGCCGACAAGUACAAGGGCAAGUACAUCCUCCGCUUCGAUGACACCAACCCCCUCAAGGAGGAGGGCGAGUUUGAGGACGCCAUCAAGGAGGACCUCGCCAUGAUCGACGUCUCGUUUGACAAGGUUGUCCACACCUCGGACCACUUUGGCAAGAUCAAGGAGUACACCCUCCAGCUCAUCAAGCAGGGUGACGCCUUCAUGGACAACACCGACGCCGAGACUGUCAAGGAGCAGCGUCGUGCCGAGAUCCCCUCGAAGAACCGCGAGGCUUCGAUUGAGGACAACCUCAAGCGCUUCGAGGACAUGUGCGCCGGUACCGCCGAUGGCCGCACCUGGUCGCUCCGUGCCAAGAUUGACUACCAGCACAAGAACGGUACCAUGCGUGACCCCGUCAUCUACCGCUUCGUCGACGCCGAGCACCACAUCACCGGCGACGCUUACAAGGCCUACCCCAUGUACGACCUUGCCUGCCCCGUCAUUGACCACCUUGACGGUGUCACCCACGCCCUCCGUGCCAACGAGUACGCUGCUCGCCACGAGCAGUACGCUUGGUUCCUCGAGCGUCUCGGCCUGCCCAAGAUUGAGAUCUUCGACUUCUCGCGUAUCGACUUUGUCUACACUGUCCUUUCCAAGCGCAAGCUCAAGUACCUCGUUGAGAAGGAGGUUGUCUCGGGCUGGGCCGACCCCCGUUUCCCCACCGUCCGCGGUAUCCGCUCGCGUGGUAUGACCGUCAAGGGUCUUACCGACUUUAUGGUCAGCCAGGGUGCUUCGGAGAAGACCCUCCUCAUGGAGUGGGACGUCAUCUGGACUGUGAACAAGAAGGUCAUUGACCCCAUUGCUCCCCGCUACUGGGCUAUUGCCGAGGACAAGAUGGUUGCCGUCACCGUCACUGGCCGCGACACUGACGCUGCCGUUGCCGAGACCAAGCCCCUCCACAAGAAGAACCCCGAGGUCGGCGAGAAGAAGCUCGUCUACUCGUCCAACCUCAUCAUGGAGCAGGACGACGCCAAGACCUUUGGCGACAACGAGGAGAUCACCGCCAUGGACUGGGGUAACGUCUUUGUCUCGGAGAAGAAGGUCAACGCCGCCGGCGACGUCGAGGCCCUCAACGUCAAGCUCCACCUCGAGGGCGACUUCAAGAAGACCUCGAAGAAGGUCACCUGGCUCUCCGCCCCUACCAAGGAGAACCCCCUGGUUCCCGUCACCCUCAUCGAGUACGACUACCUCAUCACCAAGAAGAAGCUCGAGGAGGACGACAACCUUACCGAUGUCGUCAACCCCAAGACCGAGUACCGCACCAAGGCCCUCGCCUCGGCCGAGGUUGCCAACCUGAAGAAGUGGGACAUUAUCCAGUUCGAGCGCAAGGGCUUCUACAUCGUCCAGGGCACCAAGGACGCCGAGGGCCGUCUCGAGUUUGGCUUCAUCCCCGAUGGCCGUCUCCAGACUGUCGCCCUCAAGGCCACCCCGGCCCCCGAGGCUCCCAAGGAGAAGGUUGCCGGUGCCGCCAAGGGCUCGUGGGGCAAGGUCGCUCCCAAGGCCAAGGCGGCCGCCCCCGCCGCUGCCGGUGAGGACAAGGUCUACCUGUCCAACGCCUCUUCCGGCUUUGCCAUCCCCAUCAAGACCACCAUGUUCGAGUCGGACCGUAUCUACGGCAACGAGGAGGUCAAGGCCGAGGCCAAGGUCAACAUGUUCCCGUCGACCCCUAUCUACGACCUCUAG